AUGGACAAACCGGCCAUCUAUAACGCUAUCCUCGGCACCCCAUGGCUCCAUGAAAUGAAAGCUGUCAUCUCGACGUUCCACCAAUGCGUGAAGUUUCCGAUACCCUCUGGAAUUUUCACCUUACGUGGAGAUCAAAGAAUGACGAGAUCAUGUUUCCUCCGCGAGCGCAAGCUCCGCACCGCGUCGUCCUGUAUGAUAACCGAGCCAGUAUCGGACGACGAAACCGACGAGUCCAACGCGAUACGCAGAACGAGAUCCAUCGGCAAAGGAACUCCGAGCCCGCCUGGAAAUCCGACUUAA